AUGGCCUCCAACGACAACUACCUCAAACCCGAGGUGUCCCUUGCGGACGAGAAAUCACCUCAGGGAGAGGUCCGCCAGGUCCAAGCGGCGUCCGUAGCUCUCGCAGCUGCUGUCGCUGAACAGAAGCCGAAGUUAUGGUCAAAAAAUAUGAGACAACUAUAUGCCAUCAUGGUUGUUUCUACGAUGAACGGAUUCGAUAGUUCGCUGAUGGGUUCAAUCAACGCAAUGAAACCUUACCAGGAGACUUUCGACUUGACCGGUGCUGGUUCGUCGACCGGCAUCAUCUUCAUCAUCUACAAUCUCGGCCAGAUCGCUAGUUUCCCAUUCUGCGGUCUUUUUGCUGAUGGUCUCGGUCGCCGGUGGUGCAUCUUCAUUGGAUGUGUAAUUGUUCUCAUCGGAACUGCUAUCCAAGGAUCCGCACAUCACAUGGGCCAGUUCAUUGGCGGCCGGUUUAUUCUUGGUUUUGGUGCCAGUAUUGCCUCUGCUGCUGGUCCUGCCUACACAGUCGAGUUGGCUCACCCAGCCUACCGUGGAACGAUGGCUGGUAUGUAUAACAACUUUUGGUGGGUUGGAAAUAUUCUGGCAUCAUGGACCACUUACGGAACAAAUGAGCACUACAAUACUAGUUGGGCCUGGCGUGUGCCUACCAUCGUCCAAGCUGGCAUGCCUGCCAUUGUUAUGUGCCUGAUUCUGUUCUUCCCGGAAUCGCCGCGUUGGUUGAUCCACAAGGAUCGCGCCGAGGAGGCUCUUGCUAUUUUUGCAAAGUACCACGGCGAUGGCGACGAGAACUCCCCUCUUGUGCAGCUCCAGUACCAGGAGAUCGUCGAGGAAUACCGAGUUUCUCGUAACGAAAACCCAUGGUGGGAUUACAGCGAGCUUGUCAACACACGCGCUGCCCGCUACCGACUCGCUAUGGUCAUUGGUAUGUCAUUUUUCGGCCAAUGGAGCGGCAACAACGUCGUCUCCUACUUCAUGCCCGAGAUGAUCAAGAAUGCUGGUAUCGAGGACACCAGCAAGCAGCUCCUCAUCAACGCCAUCAACCCCAUCUUCAGCAUGCUCGCCGCUGUUUACGGUGCGACCCUGCUUGACAGGCUCGGACGACGAACAAUGAUGCUUGCUGGUCUGACUGGUGCCCUGCUCUUCUAUGUUCUACUGACCGUCUUCACCGCCCAGACCGCCAACAACUCCAACCUGGCUUACGGGACAAUUGUCUCCAUCUACCUCUUCGGCAUCUGCUUCGCCUGGGGUUUCACGCCUCUGCAGACACUGUACGCCGUUGAGUGUCUGGAGAACCGCACCCGCGCCAAGGGCUCCGGCCUCAACUUCCUCUUCCUCAACAUCGCCAUGGUCGUCAACACCUUCGGCAUCUCCGUCGGCAUGGAGGCCAUCGGCUGGAAGCUGUACCUCGUCUACAUCGGCUGGAUCGUCGUCGAGCUCGUCGUCAUCUACUUCUUCUUCGUCGAGACCGCCGGCAAGACCCUCGAGGAGAUGUCCGAGAUCUUCGAGGCCAAGAACCCGCGGAAGGCCAGCACGCAGAAGACAAAGGUUGACUUCGAUUCGACCGGCCGCGUCCUCCACGUCGAUGACUCCAACCACGGUACUGCUUAG